AUGGCCACACUUUUUAAAUGUCGGCGGCUUAUGUCAAAAAUGUUUAUAUUUGUUGCUACAGCUAGUUGCCAUUUGAAUAUCAUAGUCAUAAGGUCCCAUAGUUUUGCCAUUGAAUAAUCGUCAAGUUUCAUAAUAGAUGUGGCAGAUAUAUCUUGAAGUAGUUGCUUUAUUACAACGUGUGUGGCUACCGGUUGAGGUAUAAAUAACUCGUCCAGGAGUUUGGGAUGAAGUAGAACUGAUACUACAUCUGUAAACAUUCUAACUAACCUCUCUCUGACUUGUCCGAUGAGAUAUUUUGAGCCUUCAGCCUCUGAUCGAUAACGUAAACCAUUUCACAACCCAAAUUAACGACUAAAAAAGGAGUUGCAAAGUGGGACAUCACGAAACGAUCCGUUUUUCUGAACAAAUUACAAUAUGAGUAUUGAUUCACUCUACGAAGGCGCUAUCGCCAAACUAACAGCUCAAAACAGAAUACGCUUAAUAUCACAAAAGUUGUUAUCUUUAAAAACUAAUGAAGAAAGGGUCUCUUAUGUUUAUGAGCUCUUGGAAGACCUAAAAGCCUUCCCUGCUAUAUUAGAUAUAAAAAAGAGUAAUUCAGUGUCUACAUACUAUCGUAACCUUGGUAACAAGUGUUUUCAAAACUCAGACUAUUAUAGAGCCUGGCAAUAUUAUAACUUGUCUUUACUUCAUGCUGUUUAUAACACCGAGAACUUUGGCUUGGCCUUGUCUAAUAGAUCUGCAGUAUUUUAUUCUUUAAAAAAGUAUAAUGAAUGCAUCAAUGAUAUAGACAAAGUAUUUUCUAUAACAUAUCCUAUAAAAAUAACAGAAAAGUUAAUAAAAAGGAAAGAUUCUUGUAAAGAAAUGCUGUCACAAAUUAAUGCAAUACAACAUGUAAAUAAUCACAGUUUUUUGACAUUACAAGAUCCACAAAGCCCAAGAUUUCCAUGUGCCAGUACUAAACUAGAAGUGGUUUUUACAGAAGAAAUGGGUAGACAUGUUAUUGCAAAAUCUGAUAUAAAAGUAGGUGAAGUAUUGGUCCAAGAAGAGCCAUAUUUUAAUCUGUUAUUAAAGUCACAAUAUUUAUUUGUAUGCAGUUAUUGUUUGUCUAGAAACUUAAAUUUACUGCCAUGUUCCAGUUGUUGUUUUGCUCUAUAUUGCAGCAGUGACUGUAAAGAAAAUGCUUGGAAAGAUUAUCAUAGUGUUGAAUGCAACCUAAUGGCAACAAUAAUUGAAAUGCAAUUUACAAAACUGGAAUUUCUUGCUAUAAGGACAGUUAUAAAAUCCAGAUAUGACCAUUCUAACUGGCAGGCUCUAUUUAAAACAAUUGAAGAUGCAGAUAAAUAUGCUAACACUGAAUAUAGAGGCCAUGUUAAAGUUGGCAAUGAAUGGGUGUAUGAUUCAAAAUAUUAUACUUCAAUUCAUACAUUAGCCUCAAAUAUUGAAAGAAGAUCGGUAUCAGAUAUAUUUCAAAAAUCUGUCAGUGCUGCAGUAUUUCUAUACAUGCUGAUGAAAACUAAUUUUUUUACUUGUGAUGAUAACAUUGAAAAUGACAAAGCUAAAAAUUUGGUAGGAGGGCUGCUGCUCCUCCACAUAAUGACAAGUCCCACAAAUAUGCAUGGUAUUAGUACAAACAUAGAAACAGCUGAAGGGAAUUUUGUAGAUGAGUUCAAUAUUGCAAGUGCCCCUUAUGCUUUCCUCAGCCUUAUAAAUCACUCUUGUGCCCCAAAUGUGGUGAGGUUCUCUAAGUUGGGCACAGGUCAGAUGUCACUGUUUGCUUUGAGACCAAUUAAAAAAGGGAUGCAGUUAUUUGAUAACUAUGGGGCUCAUCAUGCUAUUCAAGAUCGUGUUACACGCCAACAGCAACUCAAGUUUCAAUACAAGUUCACUUGUCUUUGUGAGGCUUGCAUAAAUGAUUGGCCUACAUACUUACAAAUCAGGCCUGCCCGAAACUUACCAAAGAAAUUAAAAAUGCGCAAAGAGAAACUCCUUGAUGUUACUGCAAUUAAUAAACUUCAGAAAGGCGAUAAAGCUGUUGCAGAAAUGUUGUUGCAACCUUUGUGUGAGCUCGCCGAAGACUUGGAAUCUUAUGCACCCUGUACAGAAUUGGCAGAUUGUCAAGAGUCCUUGAAACAAUGUCUGGAGAUAUUUUUGGGAGUUGUGCCUUAUGAUUACAGUAAAUUGGUAGAAUGGGAUGCAGUGCCUCCAAAAAUGUAAUUAAGAAAUAUUUUCUAUUUUUAUAUCUUUUGUAGUUCCCUUUAAGCAUAGUUUACCAAUUAAUCUUGUGCCAAAUUGAAUCUGAUUAGUUAAUAAGAGUGAUUAUAUUUUUUUAUAAGUAUAACAAUAUAAAUUUUUAACAUAAAAUGUUAGGACUGUAUUAGGAUCUUUACAAGUGAGGUAGGAAUCGCCUAAUUAUACUGUACAACAUUGAUAUAUAUCUAUUUGUUAAUUUGAUAAAAGAUUUAAAAGUUCACUAAGUGACACCUUGCAUUUUCACAAUACUGCAGUGAUCAGUAAUAUAUUAUGAUAAUGAUUACGAUUGUGAUUUUUUGUUCAAUUUACCAAAUAUAAAUUAUAUUAUGACACUGAUG